GGUCCUACUUUGUAACAGCUGUUUUGGCGUCCUACCCCAAAAUAUUUUGUUUUGAUCGCGGUUUUACACGAUAUCCAAGCACGAGAAAUGCUGCACUCACAGGCGAUGCAAACAAUACCCACUCUUCAUCAGCCGCUGCACUCCAAGGUGUCGAACUACCUAAACAACCAGCGGAGAACCGGACAAUUCUGUGACCUUCUCCUGGAACUGGAUUCGGAUGAUACCCUGAGCCUGAGUGUCCAUUUCUGCGUGCUGGCCGCCCAGAGCCAGUUGAUAAACACCAACCAGAAGCAGCAGCAGUUCUCCAUUCACAAUCCCCUGAAGAUCACCAUCCGAGAUUUCAGCUGCUCCCAAUGCCUGCAUACAAUUGUGGACUUUUUCUACGAGGACAUCAUGUCCGUUUCCAAGGAGCAUGAGCCACACUUUCGGCAAUUGGCGCAAAUCCUGGCUGUCACUGAACUGCUGAACCUCUACCAAUUGCAGCCCUUGGGCGAGGUGAAGGAAACAUCAGAGGAUACGACCCCUGGAGAGGGGGAACCAAAUCCAGAGCCAGCUACGAAAGCGGAGGAUGUGUUUGAGAACCGACAGAGUUACUUUAAGUUAAAGAACCCGAGGGCCGUAAAGUCCAGCAGCAAGGUGAACUACUGCAUUGGCUGUGACUACAAGUGCUACCAAGUGCAGAAGAUGAUCGAGCACAUGGGCAGCUGUGAGCCCUCUCACUUGACCUGCUCCCUUUGCGAGGUGGGCUUCCUGGACUGGCGGGAAUACGACACGCAUCUUCGCAGGCACUCCGGUGACCUACGCAAGCCCUUCUUUUGUCUGCAGUGCGGCAUACGCUUCACCACUCGAGCUGCCCUGCUCGUCCACCAGCCCAAGCACUCCACGGAAACACCUCACAUCUGCCCUCAUUGCGGCAAGGGCUUCAAGUGGAAACAGGGGCUGAGCAACCACAUCCUGGUCCACAAUCCCGAGAAGCAGAUGCUAUGCGACGUCUGCGGCUACAGCACCACCCACAUGAAGGCCCUCAAGUCCCACAAACUCCUCCACACCGGAGAAUUCUUCGCUUGCACUGUUUCGGGCUGCAAGCAUCGGGCCAAUCGGAAGGAAAACCUCAAGCUGCACAUUGAAACCCACAAACAGGGAAGGGAUUUCAUCUGUGAGAUCUGCGGGUGCAAGUUCAGCCAAAGCAAGAACCUCAAGCGUCAUGCAUUAAAGCACACCGAGAACGGUCCGAAUCGGUACAAAUGCCAGCUGUGUCGAUUUAGUAGUCAUCGUUCGGACAAAAUGAAGGAGCACGUUCAGCGGGUUCACACGGAAAAGGCGGUGCAGUUGGAGCUCUCGGAGACGGUGGACAGUUCCUUUCCCGAUGACUUCGAUUUACCCGUGAUAGAGACUUACUCGGCGCCCAACAAGAAACCCAAGGAAGUCAAGAGCAAGACAAAAAGGGAUACGAAUCCUGAUAAGCGACUGAAAACUCUACUACCCAAGGAGACUGUUAAAUAGGAAUAAAAUAUAAGGUUUCUCUGAAAUCUUUAAAGAAACAAAUUUUUGAAAACCGAAAAAAAAUCCAUCAGAAUCAUUUAUGCUAGCUACCAAAAGAGUAAAAACUUACAAGUGGCUCAUUUUAUGAUAGCGGAAGAAGCAAUCUAUAAACUUGGUAAACAAGAUUACAGAAAACGGAUCAUAAAAGAAACCGGUAUACAAUUUAAUGUUAUCACACAUUGAAUGGAAGGUCUUUAAAAUAGUCCGUUACGAUACAACCAAAACGUAUUUAUAAUGGUCAGUUUUCCUUGGAGCUAAUAGAAAAAUAUUCAAGAAAAUUCGUAAAUGAUUUUUACCAAUGAAUAGUAAACAAAGUUGUGAUAUAUUGUGAAAGGUUAUUGAACAACAUUGUUAAGGCCGUUCUAUUUCUAUCUUAUCUCAGAAUGUGAUUACAAUCUAUUGCGUCGUUUCCAGAGUAAAUUUCGGAACGAAUACCUCCCAAAUCACUAACCAAAACGAUAGUUAGCACCUUAUCACUGCCAGAACGCUGCUUAACAUCUGUUUUUCCUUUUUAUAUAAAACCCACUAAACCAAAACAAACUGAAAGCUUUUCGCUUUUUAGAAAUAAACAAAUGCGAUACAGGUGGGAGGGAACUAGGUCAGCCGAUCAGGUUCUAGUGCACCCAAAUAAAAAUGUACAUAUUAAUGGUGACACUUGAAUACAUUUUAUUGUGGGUUUCACUAUUUUUAAUUUAAUUAAAAAUAUGCCAUCGAUUUAGAAGAAGUUUCCAGAAGUAAUCACCUAAAAUAUUUGUUUUCUCAUGGAAAAAGGAGAAAUUCGGAGCAGUGUAGUGGCCGAUCAUCCAGAACUCGUGUUGCAUUUAAUUCUAUAUUUAUAAUGUGGAGAAAUAAAUGCUGGGUAAAUGCACUUUGGGGGUCGU